AUGGCUUCAACAAACGGCAGUACGGAGAUAUCUCAGGCUGAUAAGAAUGUAGAAAUGUGGCGGAUCAAAAAGCUGAUCAAAAGUUUGGAGUCUGCUAGAGGUAAUGGGACGAGUAUGAUUUCGCUCAUCAUUCCUCCAAAGGAUCAGAUUACUAGGAUAGCGAAAUUGUUAGCCGAGGAGUAUGGGACAGCAUCUAAUAUUAAAAGCCGUGUGAAUCGCUUAUCCGUCCUGAGUGCAAUAACCUCUGUACAACAACGUCUGAAGUUAUACACUAGAGUUCCUACCAAUGGCCUUGUUGUAUAUUGUGGGACAAUAGUCACUGAGGAUGGUAAAGAGAAAAAGGUCAACAUCGAUUUCGAACCAUUUAGACCAGUAAACACGUCUUUAUAUCUUUGCGACAACAAGUUCCAUACAGAGGCCUUAGUAGCGCUGCUAGCAGAUGACAGCAAGUUCGGAUUUAUUGUCGUUGAUGGUAAUGGGGCUUUAUUUGGGACAUUAUCGGGAAACACUCGCGAGGUUCUGCACAAAUUUACGGUCGAAUUGCCGAAAAAACAUGGUCGCGGAGGUCAAUCUGCACUUCGUUUCGCACGUUUGCGGAUGGAAAAGCGGCACAACUAUGUUCGUAAAGUAGCCGAGACAGCAACGCAACUUUUUAUAACAAACGAUCGACCGAAUAUCGAAGGUCUUAUCCUUGCAGGGAUUGCUGACUUCAAGAGUGACUUGGGACAAUCUGAUAUGUUUGAUCAAAGGCUUCAAGCAAAGUUGAUUAAAAUAGUAGAUAUAUCAUAUGGUGGUGAAACAGGAUUUAACCAAGCUAUCGAACUGGCCACAGAUACACUUUCUGGCGUAAAGUUCAUUCAGGAAAAAAAACUGAUUCAAAGAUACUUUGACGAGAUAUCUCAAGAUAGUGGAAAGUACUGUUUUGGUGUUGAGGACACCUUGAAGUCCCUAGAGAUGGGUGCUGUGGAGACCCUCGUGGUGUGGGAGAACCUUAGUGUAAACCGCUAUGUCCUCAAAGUCCCGAAUUCUGAAGGAAAUAGAGUUAUACACUUGCGUCCUGACCAGGAAACGGACCGACGACAUUUCAUUGACCCGGCGACAGGAUCUGAUUUGGAAAUUCUAGAUACUCAGCUUCUUUUAGACUGGCUCGCCCUGAACUACAGAUCUUUUGGGACGACUUUAGAAAUUGUCACUGACAAGUCUCAGGAAGGUGCUCAGUUUGUUCGCGGCUUUGGUGGGAUAGGUGGUAUUCUACGCUACCAACUCGAUUUUAAUCACUUGGCGGGUGGAGAUGUUGAUUUUGAGGAUGACUUCAAUCUUGAUGAUUACUGA